UCCCUCUCAUCCCCCUAGCAUUGAUUAAUUCUAAUCACUACUAGAAAUACAGCAAGUUUCAAAAAUGUCAGGUGUUUGGGUGUUCAACAAGAGAGGGGUUGUCCGCCUCGUCGAGGUCCCCGGGGGUGAGCCAAGCAGCGGCCGUCGCAAGGUCUUGGUGCACGUCCCCACCGGCGAGGUCAUCACCUCGUACGAGUUGCUCGAGCAGAAGCUCGCGCCACUCGGGUGGGAGCGGUACCACAGCAACCCCGAGCUCGUCCAGUUCCACCAGCGCUCCUCGGUUCACCUCAUCUCGCUCCCGAGGGACUUCUCCAGGCUCACCUCGGUGCACAUGUACGACGUCGUCGUCAAGAGCCGCAAUGUCUUCGAGGUGCGCGAUGCAUGAUGAUCAGAAAUGCUAUAAAGCCCUACUGCUGUGGAUCGUGAGUUCUGCUUGCCUCAAGCAGUGAAUUUUUAUAGAUGAAAUAAGCUUGCUCGUGUCGGCAUACUAGUUACAUUAAGAUCCGAACAUCUCGACUUGUGUUAGUGCAGUCUGUUGCAGUGUUUGCAAUGCUUCAGGGACGCAUGAGAGGCGAAUGCUUUGUAAAAAGAUCUAUGUUAAAAUUAUAUGGAUGAUCGCCUUUGCUGCUGUA